AUGGCUCGAAUAAUUCGUCAAGAACAGGCAAACCAGCUGAGCUUUUUACUAGAACAGCCAGAAGAAGUACUGAUCGAGUUUUGCAAGUUAGCCAUCGAGUAUAUAAACUCCGGGAUAAAUGAAAAGAAAUGCACAGUUGCAGCAAAAAAACUAUCGUCCACGUACGACACCGUGAGGGGCGCAUUAGAAGCCUUAGUGGCACUUCUAAUUGAUAGCACAAAAAUGGCAAUAUCCGAGCGGGAAUUUUACACCGUCUUGCAAACUUCGUUGCUAAAUAUUCACGAAAAGCAGAGCGAAAUACUGUGGCAAUUCAUAACGAGCAAGCGCAACCUGGUGGACAAUGUAUUGCGUGCAUCCUGUCAGGAUGAGCUGUAUUUCCGUGAUUUGGAGUGGCGCAUCGAAGGGCGAAUCGCCUCUCGCAGUCUCCGAUCGCAGGCAACACCAGUAAUAAAGAUGAAGUUUCACCUCGACACAGAAUGUGUGAGUGAGUAUCGGGAAAAGUUGCAUUCCAUGCCAGUGGAUGCUGUGGAGGAACAGGAGGGGACUAAAAAGCAGGACAACCACACACGUAAAGAAGUGUUGGCGGAAACUGAUCCUACCAUGUUGCAACAUAUGAUACAGGUGUUGGAGCAAGCGUUACUGGAAGCGCGAACUCGCCGCGUAAGAAACUACGUGAAGCCAGUUCAAAGUUAG